AUGGUGACUAUUGGCCCUGCCACUGUUCCCAAGCAGUUUGUCUUGUGUUUCGAUGGCACCGGGAACAAAUUCUCCGGUGAUGAAUCAGAUAGCAAUGUGUUGAAAAUUUUCAGAAUGCUGGAUCGUAGCAAGAGUCACCAGUUCCACUAUUACCAACCCGGGAUUGGAACUUACGUGACCACCACCUCGCUUUCCAACCAUGGAAGAAUCCACCGUAUCAGAUCCGCCUACCUGAAGGCAAAGGACUCGGCCAUUGGGUCUUCAUUUGCUGAGCACGUCUUGGGAGGAUAUAAAUUCCUCAUGCGGUAUUACUCGCCCGGCGAUGAGAUCUACUUCAUCGGCUUCAGCCGGGGCGCGUAUAUCGCGCGCUUCCUCGCGGAGAUGUUGGAUUACAUCGGCCUGCUCGAAGCCGGAAACGAGGAGCUAAUCCGAUUCGCGUGGAAGACCUUUGCUAAAUGGCAGCAGCGACGCGGCGCGACGGAUGAAGAGCGCGAGGAGAAGAAAAAGCUCUUCAAUUACAUGAAGGCCUUUCGUGAAACGUUCAGUCGGCCCAUCACCCGCAUCAAGUUCAUGGGCUUGUUCGACACUGUCAACAGCGUGCCCCGGUUUGAAUCGGCGUGGAUGCAGAGGAGCAAAUUUCCCUAUACGGCCCGCAGUUCCGCCAAGGUAAUACGACAUGCCGUGGGCAUUGAUGAGCGUCGCGCCAAAUUCCGGCAAGACCUCAUUUCUGAAGUAAAGCCGUGGGUUGCGAAAAAGCAGCAGACAGAUAACCUUCCAACCAUUGUCUUGAAUGAUGAUAAGAAUGACGCGACAGAGGAACCAGCGCUUUUGCGUCCGCGGCCACGAGAGCACGGGGAAAUAGAGUCGGUUUAUCGCACACCCCGCAGCUCGCAAGCUGGAAGCAUACACCACGAACAUCGAGAAGACCGAUACCGCGCACCAUCUCCCCAGCGCAAGCUCAGCCUGGCAGUGCCCAUGAUGACUGCAUCGACGGAGGACCUGUCAUUGAAGAGUGGCAAGUCCGGCCUGUCUCUGCGGGUCGAGAGCGUGGCUGUCGCUGAUGAGGAGGAGGAGGAUGAAACCACACAGGACAUUCAGGAGGUGUGGUUUCCAGGCGGCCACGCCGACAUUGGAGGCGGCUGGAAGCUUGAAUCGGGGGAGCGUUGGCCUCUCAGCCACGCUCCUCUCGUGUGGAUGGUCCAAGAGGCUCAGCGCGCUGGACUCCAGUUCGAUUCGAGGAAGCUCAAGCAGUUCGAGUGCUGCGAAGAGUAUUCCGGCGAAUACUCUCCCAUCCGAGAUGAGAUUUUCGAUCCCUUCGACCCGGUGGAGGAGCAUGCCGAGAACUGCCAGGAGCCGCAUGAUACCGGCGAACAUGUCACGUUCCGAAUUCCGGUAUUUGGCGGCGAAAAGCAACAGUCCGCCUCGAGCUUCAACUUCUUCAAUGCUCUCCAUCUCUCCAGCACUAAAGGCGUCCUGCACGACUGCCUUCAGUACGGCAAGGGGCUAUCAUUCACGUCGGUUCUCUCCUGGCGCAUCAUGGAGUAUCUCCCCUUCCGCCGGAUGGAUCUACAACCGGACGGCUCCUGGAAACCCAUCCGGUGGCCUUUACCUUGUGGCGAAGUGCGCGACAUUCCUUAUGACGCCCGUAUCCAUAUCUCAGCCAUCCGCCGCAUGCAAGCCGACGCCAAUUACCGUCCGGGUAACCUGAUCAUCGGCGGCGGCGGGCGCGGCGUUCGACGCGCUCCUGAAAAGUACGGCAUUGGCGAAUGGGUAGUCCUGAGGUACGAGGGUGAUACGGUGCGAGAGACUUAUGUCCGGAAAAGCGUCUCGAAACGGUGCAGUGAAGGACAUUAA